AUGGAAAGGCUGUGUCAGCGCAUGCGAUCUUUAGUCCACGAUUGCCUUGCCAAGCAUCUAUAUGACUCAGCCAUCUUCUAUGCAGACAAGCUCGUGACCAUGUCAAAUGGUGCUUCAGCUGAUGUCUACACGCUUGCCGAGGCCUUUUACAUGGGCAGGCAGUGGCGCAGAGCCCUUGCUCUGCUCAGAAAUGCAGGCCUCAUUGAGGCUGACAUCCGCUGCAGAUACCUAGCAGCACGCUGUCUAGCAGAAGUGAAAGACUGGGAGGAGUGCCUCAACGUCCUGGGGGGCUGGGAUGAGUCAGAGCUGGAAGCACUCAGCAUGCAGGAUGUUGCACUGGAGGAGGACAUUGGCCAGGGAGUGAGCCACACCUCGGCCAUGUGCCUCCUGCGCGGCCGUGUCUAUGAGGCGCUCGAGAACCGCGGUAGGGCGAUCAGGUGGUAUAAGGCAGCCCUACACAUGGAUCCGUUCUGCUACGAAGCCUUCAGGGCAUUGGCGGAGGGGCACAUGCUUACGAGCGAGGAGGAGGCAGCCCUGCGAGAGUCCCUGCACUAUCGCGAGGAAGACCGAUGGCUGCAUCUCUUCUACAGGGCGAAGUGCAAGAAGUACGACCAGCAGCAGACGAUGGAGGGAACCCUGGAGACUCUGGAAGCGCCGGCGCCCACCCCGAAUUCAGGCAAGGGCGGCUGCGGCUUGGUUGGCAACCUUGAUGUGGCUGUCUGCCGCGCAGAGUGGUACUUCCAUCUUGGCGGAUACCAGGCAAGUAUCCCUCAUUCUCGGUGUCCCCAUGCACUGACCUCUCAGCUGCUAGAUCAGGACCCCUACGCCCUGGAAGCCAUGCCAGUGCAUCUCGCUGCUGCCCUGGAGCUGCGGAAGAAAAACGAGCUGUUCCUCAGAGGGCACAAGCUGGUGGAGGAGUAUCCAGAUAGAGCAGUCUCCUGGUUUGGCGUGGCCUGCUACUACUUGUGCAUCGGCCGGUAUGAGAAUGCUCGGCGCUACUUUGGCAAGGCAACCACCGUGGACGCCUCCUUUGCACCCGCAUGGCUGGGCUUUGGGCAUGCAUUCGCUGCGCAGGAUGAGAGCGAUCAGGCGAUGGCGGCGUACAGAACGGCUGCGAGGCUGUUCCCUGGGCUGCACCUGCCCCUGCUGGGCAUGGGCUGCGAGUACGCGCGCAUGAACAACACCGCCCUGGCCGAGCAGCUGCUGCUGUCAGCGCACCGCAUGUGCCCCCAGGAUCCGCUGCCCUGCAAUGAGCUUGGCUGCCUGCUGUUCCGAGCGCGCAGCUAUGAUGCGGCCGAGCGGUGGCUGUCUCGCGCCCUCGAACGCGUGCCCGGCCGCCUCACUGAAGCGUGGGAGCCAACAGUGGUGAACCUGGGGCACACUCUGCGCAAGCAGCGGCGCUACAGCGAGGCCAUCCAGAUGCUGGAGAGGGCCCUGGGGCUGUGCCCGGGCCAGCCUGGCACCUACUCUGCCUUGGGCUACACCUAUCACCUCCAGGGGAGGAUGCAGGAAGCGAUUGAUAACUACCACAAGGCUCUGUCGCUGCGGCCAGACGACACCUUCACUGCAGAGAUGCUCACGGUGGCAGUAGAGGAGUGUGCUGAUGUGGAGCUUGGCUUCUGA